AUGGCGAACCUUCAACCGUAUCUGGAUAAUCUAAAGCAUAUAAGUGAUGAAAAGAUAACAUCGGCAGCCAUUUAUUGUCAAGAUGGCUCUCCUCGGGCCCGAAGUGAAUCCUUUCCAGCUGUUACUGAUGAUCAGAUUAGAGCGAUCGUGGAGGGGUUUGACAACAUGAAUGUUCUUGCGGCAAAUGGGCUAUGGCUGGGUAACGAGAAGUUUAUCGUGAUUCGAGGCGAACCAGGCUCUGUCAUUCGUGGACGAAACAAGGAAAAUCUUAACGGGAAAUCCGAUGGUUGCUGCAUCCACAAGACUGGAGAUGGUAUUGUGAUUGGCAUAUACGGCGAGACUUCCGCGGCAGGUGGCGUGACUAUAAGCGUUGCUACAGUGGCCAAGUACCUCAAAGAUGUAGGUUUCUAG